ACAAGAAGACAGCACAGUGAAAACGGUGUUAAUUGUUAUUGUUAGCAUAGAUUAUUCAGUUAAUGCAAGUCGAUGGUGCAGGUGUUCAUCAAAGAAAACACGUUUGAAUUUUGAAUGCAGUUCUGUUCAAGCUGCAACCAGCAUAGACACUUGCAACAGAACGGAAAUAUGAACGAUGCAGAGACGCCCACCACGACUCGAAAGCAUGGAACUGGAAGUUCACGCGAGCUUCAGGCUCCUAAGAAUGAAGAGUCUUAUGAGAUCUCCAUCCCGUUUGAGGAGAACAACUUUGAGCAAUCUGCCGGCUUUUACAAUCAGAACGAACAGAACUUUGAAGGUGCUGAAGCCCCAACCCCAGGGAGCUCCUACCUGUUGAUCACAAACCUGCGCACACAGCUGCAGAUCUCUCUGGAGAAGAACUCGUGGUUGCAGAAACGCAUCGAGGACCUGGAGGAGGAGAGGGACUUUCUGCGGUGCCAACUGGACCGCUUCAUCUCCUGCACCAAGAGCCAGGAGAGCAAUGGUAACGACUGCAGAAGCUUCUCGUGGAAGCGGCGACGAGAGAGUGAGCGAGACCAGCAGUCUGAAGGCCAACGACCUGCCACCCGCCAAUCAUUCCAACAGCGGCCCGCCUCCCAGCCCUCAGCCAACGCCAAAGCUAUGGGCUCGGGACCAGCCAAUAAUCAGAUGAGCUCCAUCUUUGGCUCCUCCCACUCUCAGUCCCUCAGCAGCAGCUGCGUAAACAACAGAUCAAUGAAUGACCUGUCAGAGUCUCUCUCACUCAUUGGAGAUGAAGAAGCAGAGUUUCUGGAGGACAACUAUCUGGAGGAAGAGGAAAUGAUGUCGGGACAGGAAAUGAUGUCGGAGACCAUGACUCUGCGCAACAUGGGGGCAGGAGGGCAGAACAACAGUGGCAUGAAGAGGAGACGGGUGUUCCGCAUCUCCCGGGGAAGGGAGCGACAAAGAGUCAAAGAUCCCACAGGGGUGCUGUUCCGCUACAAGAAGAUCCUGGUGACCUAUCAGCGCCUGAAGAACAUGUCCAAGGCCUUUCAGAUCCAUGGCGUGGACCGCAACACGGUGGCGUCCACUACUCCUAUAGCGGAGCUGCUGCUGGUCGCCCCGGAGAAGGUGGCGGAGGUCGGGGAGUUCGACCCGUCCAAGGAGAAGCUGCUGGACUCGCCCGCUGCUUCAUAUCGCCUGGACCCAGAGCCCUCUAAGCCAGUGGGCCCUGAGAAAAAUAAACUUGCUGCCAUCUAA